AUGAUAAGAAUAUAUCCUUAUCCUUUCAGCAAAAAUGUUAAAUCACUGCCAGAUCCUCCGCCAGGGAAAUCAAGAGAAAUAAAGAAUUUUGAAUGCAAAAAAUAUAAAAAUGAUUAUAGUUGGUUGCUGGAAGCUAGAAGUAAUUUGAAAAAAUGUUUUCACUUAUGUGAUAUAUGCUCAAAAAAAUUUAAUUAUAUGAGAUGUCUAGUGAAAAAUUCUAAUGUUCAGUAUGAAUACAAUUUAAGUUACAACACUGCAAGAAACAACCCUAAUGGUGGAAAAGAGCAAGUUGGCGAACAUGUGUCUGGUACUCAUUUGUGUGCAGACCAUAAAAGUUUUAAGCAUAAGAACGAACUAUGUGAUGUAAAAAACAACAUACUUAAGAUAAAUAGUAAUGCAUCGAAAAACAGUGUGGAUAGUAAUCAAAGUAUUACCAGCUUAAAAUCAGCAAAUGAUAAUAGUAUUAUAUUUAGCAAUUCUUUAAAUCAUAACAAAACUGAUUGUUUGUCAUUUAAUGAUGACGUGUUUAUCUUCUUAGACGAUUAUCCAGGAAAACAUUCAAAUCGUUAUAAAGAUGAGGAAAAAUGUGAUACAUUAUUGCAAAAUGUGAACUCCUUAAAGGGUGAUGAUCUCAUGUGCCCCCAAUUUCAAUUUGAUGAUACGAUAAUACACAUAAAAAGACACUUUAAAAACAAUGUAUCCUAUUUUGCCUGUAAGCACGUUGAGAUGAAUGACUUGUACAAUUUAGAUGACGAAAACGCCAAAUAUGACAGCAUAAAUAUUUAUAUGUGCGACAACAGUAUGGAAAGUUUCUCUAACAAUAAUUGUGCACUAAAUUCAAGUGAGCAAAAGGAACCGUUUAACUUAACACAACCAAUUAUCAUCACUCCAUUUAAUAAAAAGGAUGAAAAAAAGCAACAAAGUAAAGAAUUAGAUUACUUGAAAAACGUAAGUAACGACAGUCAUAGAUAUGAAUCUUUAAAGAGACAUGAUUUAAAUGAAGGUAUUAAGAGCAAUGAUCUGAACCUUGAACAAAAUGGAAAUUGUGAAUUGUUUAAUGUUUCCCUUUUUUGCGUGAACGAAGAGUUUGCUGCUUUAUAUGCUUCAGGACAAGCUGAUAAAAACUGUAAAAGUCACAUCAAAAACGAGAGCAUGGGCAAAAUCAAUAAUAAUUAUAUCAAAAAGCAAGACAUAAUGGAAAAUCUAAACAAAAAUAGUGAGCAGUAUACGCAUAGGAUCGAUGAUAAUUGUAAAAAUGACAAUAUAAUUCAAAAUCACGCGUUUAAAACAAUGAACACGUACACAAAUUUGUUAAACAAGGGAAAAAAAACAAGGACGUUAAUAGAUGAAUUGCAGCAAACACUGAUGAAGAGGAAAAAUUUAUAUCUUGAAAGUCAUAGUGAAAAAAAUAAUAAUAGAUCAGCAGAUACGACACAAGAAGAGAAGGAAAAAAUAAUCGCUGAAGAAUGUGUCCAACAUAUGGGGGCGAAUAACAGAACAGAGUGUUCUAAAGAAACACACGGAAAUAGUGUACCCCCCGUGGUAGACAAUUUGAAUGGAUUACGUAUUUAUAACAGGCAUACCAUAAGUGAAAAAAAGACAAUUAACAAUGUUAAUAUUAAUGAAUUUAAGAGCAGACUUACAAAGGGUGGAAACUUAGUUCUAAACAUUGAGGGGAGUAGUUCGAAAGGAUUAAAAUCAAUAUACAGUGAAGCAAAAAAUGUGAACGGGAAAUCGACCUAUUGUGAUGACAAAGAAUAUGAAAAACAUGUUUAUAAUAGAGAUGUUGGUCAUGUAGAGCAGGAUGUAAAUAGCAUUAAGGGCAGAAAUCAAAGUGGCUGCAAAAUGAGCACUUUUGUAAAAUCCCAUAAAGGAUUCAAGGAUAAUGUAGGCACAAAUAAUUACGAUAUAGAAAUAAAAUCUUUCAUCAUUGAUGACAAGGAAAAAAGUAACAAUUUAAAAUUGUUAGAACAAAUAAAAAGUUACAAGCUCGUGGAAGAAAACAAGGAGGGAGCAAUUAGCUUCAAAGGGGACUACACUCAUAUUGACAAAGAACGAACAGAAGACAUAUGCGAAAAAAAUAAAUCAAGAAAUGUUACUGAAGAUGAAAAAUUACAUAUAAGCAGAAUGGACAAAAGUAAAAAACCUUAUAAAGCGCAAAUAAUUGGAGGGAGAGAAGAAAAAACAUAUUCCACCGAUGGGAACUCUAAAAAGGUAGAAGUUAGCAGUGGUAACGAACAUUCAUUUAAUUCGAAAGGUAUCUGUAGGGAAAGGAAAAAUGCAAAUGGAAUAAACGAGGAAAAUGUAGUUAAGAGGCCAUUGAAAGGAGAUGAAAAGGGAAAUAUAAUUUAUGGGAAAAGAAUCAGUGAUAAACAGAGCAGUGAUACAAGAAGCGGUCAUGAAAGUAGCACCAUUUUAAGACACGAUAUAUUCAACCCUUUAACGCAAAAUUGCAAACCAGGAUUAAAAAAUGAAUUUAAAGAUACUAACACCAGUUCUAAGACGGAGAAUUGCAACCGAAGUGGAGAUAAUUUGCCCACUUCCAAGGAACAGGAAAAUGGUUCAUCAAACAUGUGGAGCAAGGAUGUGUUCAUAUCUACUAAGAGAAACACUACAUUGGGGAACAACGUGAAUAGUAAUAAAGACGACUUAAUGAAACAAACUAAAAUGAAAGGAUAUUACGUGAAAGACAAAAUACAUGUGAAUCAAAGUACGGGUGAACGCACGGAAGGGCAAGGCGAGCCACAAGACGAAGCACAUACCACACGUGACAGACCCCAAGAGGCCGACAAAUUAAAACACUGCAAGAAGAAAAACGGUGAGGAAUGUUCACCUGAUGGUAUUUCUAUUUUAGGAAGAGAGACAAAAAGUUAUGGAGAACGCAAGAAACAAAAUGAGACAAACAAAAACGAAUCUGAAGAAAGAUUAACUACAGAACUGAAAAAAAAAUUAAGUAACAUUUUAAGCUCAUGUAAGAAUCCUAACAAAAUAAAUAUUCACAACAAAAUAUAUGCAUCCGAGAUGGAAAAAAUCAAAAUGGAUAAGAACACAAUGGCAUAUAUUAACAAUAAUUAUUUUUUUAAUGUUGACAAGGGUAACCACUUUGAGAAUUGCGGAGAACAAGUAGCAAAAAAUUCUUCAAUGAAAUAUAAUUUUAAAAAUCUGGACUUACAAUUCUGCAAAAGUAAAAACGCUUUUUAUAGCUUUAACUAUAUGAGCAAUGUGUUAUCAUCAAGCAGCUGUAGUGUGUCCAAAGAAUACAUUUUUAGGGAAAGCUACGAAUCUAAUAUUUUAGAUGAAAAAAUUAAUAAACUAAAUGAGUUAAGAAAAAAGUAUUUAUUAAAGAAAUAUUUAAAUGCAGUGUUGAAUAGAAGUAAAAAUAAUUUUGUGGAUAGUAGAACAAGCAAAAAAGUGUGUAACAUGGAUGUUCCCAAGUUGGCUUACAAUGCGGCAAAAAAUAAAAUUGGUGAGAAGACUGAUCCGAAGAAUGAAUCAGUUGGGGGAAGCCUACAUUUUAAACAGAAACCUAAUGAAAAAUUAAAAAUUUGUAAGAGGAAUACUGAACUAUGUCAAGCACCUCAAUCGCCAAAAAAACAGGAUAAAAUACCAAAACCAUUAGCUAGUCAAUUGGAAAUGAAUUCGGUGUUGCGUUUGGAAAAAACACAAUCGUAUCCAUUUGAGGAGUUUAACUUGUAA